AUGGGCCAGAAGAUUGCAGUGAGCCUUAAGUCAGAGGAUGUAGCUGGGGUGCCUUCAUAUGGGCCGUUGCGACCUGAAUUACAAGAGCCAGAUUUCUGCCGGCCACCAAGACUGGAUUUACUUCUGGACAUGCCCCCAGCCAGUCCUGAGAUUCGGCUACGCCAUGCCUGGAACCCUGAUGAUCGAUCUCUAAAUGUCUUCGUUAAAGAAGAUGAGAAGUUGACGUUUCACCGGCACCCAGUGGCACAGAGUACAGACUGUAUCCGAGGCAAAAUGGGUUACACCAAGGGUCUCCAUGUUUGGAAGAUUCAUUGGCCAGCAAGACAGAGAGGGACCCAUGCUGUUGUAGGAGUGGCUACGAUUGAAGCACCUUUACACUCGGUGGGUUAUACUGCUUUAGUAGGAUCAGAUUCAGAGUCUUGGGGCUGGGAUCUGGGUCGAAACAGACUGUACCAUGAUGAAAAAAAUCGCCCGGAUUCUUCGACGGCACCCACAUACCCCAGCUUCCUGGAGCCAGAUGAAACCUUUGUACUCCCAGACUCCCUGGCAGUAAUACUAGAUAUGGAUGAGGGCUCACUGAGCUUUAUGGUAGAUGGACAGUAUCUUGGAGUAGCGUUUCGAGGCUUAAAACGCAAGAGUCUGUAUCCCAUCGUCAGUGCUGUGUGGGGACACUGUGAAGUGACUAUUCACUACGUCAACGGACUAGAUCCGGAACCCCUCCCCCUCAUGGAUCUAUGUAGAAGAGUAACUCGCCUGACUUUGGGAAGAGAGCGUAUUCAUCACAUUGACACGCUCCCGCUGCCUCAGACUCUCAAGAACUACCUCCAAUACCAGUGA